AAUUUCUAGAUUGCAAUUAUGCGUUCCAUUGAUGUUAAUGACAGGGCGAUCAAGGAUGCCUUCAAAAGCUAUCAGUACUCUCUAUCACGGAGUAAGAAGAAUUUCUUCUACAAAAGAGGCAAUAGUAACGAUUCCAAGGUGGUUAACUCUAAAUAUGGAGGCCAUUUCACCAAGUACAGGACUAGGCAGAAUUCACCAAAUCGGCCUAUCAAGCCGAGGGAAAAUAUCCAUGAUAAUCUGCACAACUUCCAAAUGUUUCAUAAAGUUUCAGAGAGGAAGCUACAAGUCCCAAAGAGGAGAAUUGAGACGGGAAAAAUUAACUUUGUACUAGGCAAGAAGAAGCCUAAGAGAUUUGUAGGAGAGAGUCAGGCUACUGGAGACAGCACUUACUGGACUACAAGUCAUACAAAAUCCCUCACUAGGGAGAAUUUUAAGAAGAAAAAUAGCCCAAAGAGCUCUUGGAGUACCCCUUUUGCGAAGAAAAUCAAUCUGAAAUCCUCAGCUAUUGAUGAUAUUUUUAAAAGCGAAAACUCUCAAAAGAGGGAAACAGAGGGACCUAGCUCAUAUAAAGCCAAAAGAUUUAAUGCAACUCACCAUAUGGAAAAGAGACGUACUGAGAAAUCUACCACAGAAGAGUCCAAGGACAGAGUCCCAGUGGCUGCAGUCCCUGAGAUCAAGCCUUUCAAAGGAGCUGUGAUAGACCCUAACAAUAUUGUACAGGAGUAUCAAGAAAAAGAAAGUAUAAAAAUCUGCUCCGUUUUCGAAAAAUCUAGAACUGGUUUUAUACCAAUCGGGCCUGAAACUGGGUUCCAGGCUAAGACUAAUCAGGAUGCUUACAUGACUGUUAAGUCAUUCUGUGGAGUUCCUGGGCAAUACUUCCUUGGAGUCUUUGACGGGCAUGGCUACAAUGGCCACAAAGUGUCGAAAUAUAUCAAAAAGAAGCUACCUAAAAACAUUCGAAGCAAAGUUUCUGAUCAAACCCAUAGCUAUAUUGACAAAGUAAAGCAAGGCAAAGGGAAUGGAGGAAGAAUCAUCCAGGCUUUCAACAGUCGGAGGUCCAGUGCUCCCAAUACUUCUGAAGAGACUCAAGAAUUAGGAAACAUCUUUGAUUCUGUGGGGAAGGAAGGGGCUGAAAAAUAGGGGAAUCAUUGAACAAAGUUUUUAUCAUACCCAUUCCGACUUGAAGAAGCAGAAAUUUGACAUCGAGUUUUCAGGCACAACGGCAGUGGCUUGUAUCAUCAGUCCAAAUGGUGUCCUUACCUGUGCAAAUAUUGGAGAUUCCAGAGCAAUCCUUCUCAGUGAAUCUAAAGGAGAAUGGAGCUUCACUGCACUCUCAAGAGACCAUAAGCCUGAAGAUCCUAGCGAAUAUGAAAGAAUUCUUAAAUAUGGCGGAAGAGUCGAAGCAUACAAAGAUGAAUUCGGAGAGGAUUAUGGCCCUAAAAGAGUCUGGCUCAAAUCUGAAAACCUUCCUGGCCUUGCCAUGAGCAGGUCCUUCGGAGACCUCUGAGCCUGCAGAGCAGGAGUAGUACAAAGUCCAGAAUUCAGAGAGCACAAGUUGACCAAAGAAGAUAGAGCCAUCGUCUUAGCAAGUGAUGGUGUCUGGGAAUUCUUGAGUAACAAAGAUGUUAUGAAUAUCCUAAUUCCUUAUCUUGAGAGUAAUAAAGAAGUUGAAGGCAUCAACGAAGUAGUUAAAAAGAGUGUUGCUCACUGGAAAAAAGAAGAUACAGUCAUAGAUGAUAUCACGAUUGUCUUGGCAAAAAUCUCAUCUGGUAGCCGGAAGGAGAUGAAGACUUUCCACACUUCUUCUCAUGUCAAGAGCCAGCAUGACCUCAAGUUAGGCCCAAAUUUUUACAACCUCCAUAGCUAAUAGGUUUCAAGAAA